AUGGCUCUUUCCUCAGUUGGAUGUCCUAUAUCACAAACCCCUUGCGGUUUGGAUAGUUGGAGCAAGGAUGGUGCCAUUGAAGGGCAGAGGUUUGAUAAUAUCACCGUAACGGACAAAGAAAUCGUUAACGAAAGUGAGGGGAUCACUGUCCUUAAGGGCUACUAUCAAUGUCUUGUUCCAGUGAAACGCAUUUCCCGGGCUCAUCAUGAUGUUAACCACGAAGUAGUUAAGAAGUUGAAAAAGUUUCGCCAUCCAAAUAUUGUUCGGGUGAAUAGAGCGAAGUCCGACCAGGAGUUCGAGUAUCUUGCUCCAGAGAUUGAGAAUUAUGAAUCUACUUGUAGCUUAUAUGAUUUAAUUCGAGCGCUUUCAGAUCCUUCAAAGGACUCUGUCUUCCCUCCUCACUAUAAAAAUAAAAUGGAUUCUCUUAGGGAUAGGAUGCAGGAUGUUGAGUUGUGGACGGAAGAUGAUCAUCCCUCAACUUCAUUACUAGAACUGAUCAGAAAUAUGGUAUCAGGACUCAUUUGUUUGCAUGGCAAGGGAAUAAUCCAUGGGGAUUUAAAGCCUCAAAAUGUCUUGAUUACUAAGAAUGAGAACGGAUCAUUAGUUGCUCAGCUAUCUGAUAUCGGCAUUAGCAAACGCCUUCCUGAAGAUACAUCUUCCUCGGGAGAUCAUGCCACCGGUUGUGGAAGCCCAGGAUGGCGAGCACCUGAACAGUUUCUUCAUGGUGGGCACCAAACAUGUGCAAUGGAUUUGUUUAGUUUAGGUUGUGUAUUGUUCUUUUGUGUCACUCAUGGAAAACAUCCAUUUGGUGAACCUUCAAAACGUGACAACAAUAUGAAGAAGAACAUAAUGGACCCAUCCUCGGUGAAAAUUAUACCAGAAGCUAUGGAUAUGUUUUCGCGUUUACUAAAACUCGAUCCUAAAUUGAGGCUAAAGGCAUCGGAGGUGCUUCACCAUCCAAUUUUUUGGAAUUCAAAUAGGAGACUGUCAUUUCUUCGUGACUUCAGCGAUCAUCGCUUUCUCCCCGAAAAAAUAAAGCGGAACUGGAACGCGAACGGAGAGCUAAGGGUUCUAAAAAAAAAAGAACGGGAAGCUGAGGUAGUAAAAGAGAAAGCCAGGGGUUCAAGGAAAGCUAAUGGUUCAAGGCAAAAAGAAAAAUGGGAAGCUGAGGUAGUAGAAGGGAAAGCUGACGGUUCUAGCCAAGAAGAAGUUCGGGAAGCUGAGGUAGUAGAAGAAGAAUGGGAAGCCGAGGUAACCAAUUGGGAAGCCAAGGUACUCAAUGCUCUACUGAAAGCAUUGGAGAGCGAGGCACCAGAGGUUUUUGAAGGGAAUUGGGCCACCAAAAUAGAUGGAGAAGUUAUGAAGCACCUACGCCACUAUAGGGUCUACGACGGUAGCCUUCUCAGAUACUUAGUGCGAGCAGUGCGAAAUUCGUUUAGCCACCAAGGAGAUGCUCCGGAAAAUGUUCUGGAGAUCCUCGGACGGGAUGACGAGGAUUUGGAUGCUUACUUCGCUGAACGACUCUCGAAACUGUUGAUUGUGUCAUACGGAGUGGCCUUCGAGUUAUGCAAACGAAAGAAAACUUUUCAGAAAUACUUUUAG